AACCAGGAAAAUCAACCAAUCAAAAUCAUCCUCGCGGCCACGUCAGUUUCACGGAAGUUGACGUUGCUAACGCCAGUGGAAACAUUUCUAAUCAUAUCCAUCAUUUAUAGUGAUGAUAACACAUCAUUAACCGGUUUUCAGAGAGUGUUUUGCAAGAAUGUUGGACACGUGGCCUGUGAAAUCUGGAGCCCUUGAUUGAUGGCAGCUCUAGCGGUGUUCCGUCAUGCCUGCAGCGGUCCUCUGCUCUGGGGCUGGGGACCCGUUCUGUUUGGUCUGCUGGGGUCUGUAUUUGUUCUGCUGCUGCCUUUAGCAGGAAUAGAGGAUCAAUGCUGUGCCACGCUGAAGGGUCUUGCUCUUCUGCGCUGCCAGCUGUGGGGGGGUGUCCAGCAGCCUGUCGUGCACACCACCAGCCUGACGGUCCCUUUCACUGCACUAGACCUCCUGCCACAGAAAGUCAAGCCCAGUAAAGAGACUCAGUUGGAGGCAAAGGCGGCUCUCCAGCAGGCUUUGGAAAUGAAGAAAAAUGGCAAGAGGGAGAAGGCUCAUAAGCUGCUCAUCCACGCGCUCAACAUGAACCCAGAGUUUGUGGAGGCGCUCACUGAACUGGGCACCAUACUGGAGGAGGAAAAAGACGUUGUCCAAGCAGACCACCUGUACACAAAGGCCCUCGCCAUCUCGCCCUGUAAUGAGAAGGCUCUGGUGAGCAGGGAUCGCACGCUGCCAUUAGUAGAGGAAAUAGAUCAACGACACUUUGGGAUCAUUGAUGGAAAGGUACGACGUCUCAUGUCUAUACCCAAAGGCAACUCUGCUUUGCGUCGAGUCAUGGAGGAAACCUACUACCAUCAUAUUUACCACACUGUAGCUAUCGAAGGCAACACGCUCACUCUGUCUGAGAUUCGCCAUAUUAUUGAGACCAGAUAUGCUGUACCAGGAAAGAGUCUACAAGAACAGAACGAGGCCAUUGGUGUCGAUGUAGCCAUGAAGUACAUCAACACCACCCUGCUGUCCCGCGCUGGAGCAAUCACUGUAAAUGACAUCUUAGAGAUACACAGACGGGUACUAGGCUACACCGAUCCCGUUGAAGCCGGGCGCUUCCGUGCCAGCCAGGUGUUCGUGGGACAUCACAUCCCACCGCACCCGCAGGACUUGGACAGGCACAUGCAGGAGCUAGUGCAGUGGUUGAACUCGGAGGAAGCGCUGAAUCUGCACCCGGUGGAGUUCGCAGCUCUCGCGCACUAUAAACUGGUUUACGUGCAUCCGUUCGUGGACGGGAACGGACGGACAUCCCGACUGCUCAUGAAUUUAAUCCUAAUGCAAGCUAGUUAUCCACCGAUCACCAUUCGGAAAGAGCAGAGGGCGGAGUAUUACGCCGCCCUGGAUACUGCCAAUGAGGGCGACGUAAGGCCCUUUAUUCGCUUUAUCGCAAAAUGCACAGAAAUUACACUCGAUACGCUCCUGAUAGCCACAACCGAGCAUGCAGUUGGGCUGCCUGAUGCUAGUAAUCAUGCCUGUCCUGAUUGUAAACACACCAUACCUGUGCAUAGCUGAUGGAUGCAUGUUCGUAGAUGCAAAAAGUUUGCAUGUGGUGUAUAUCGAAGUGCCAUAUCAGCCUU